CCUCUUCUUCUCCGGUUCCUCGUCAUAACAACACGGCGGCGCUUUGAUCUCGGAGGAACGUCACGAGACUCUCGGUAACCGACGGUAACCGACGAGUUCCCCGGUAACGGGGCCGAGCGGAAGUUGUGGAGCUCAAACUUAGAGUGCGUUUGCUAACACACACACAACACACACACACACACACCACACACACACACACACCGGGAGGACACGGAGAGCUCGUGACAACCGACACUCUUCAGGACUGGACUUGUGAUGUAGUCCUUUCACCGUACUGUCCGACUGUCUAACUGCCGUCUGAGGUGGAGGAGGUGGUUUGAGCUCCGAUCACAGCGAUGGAUGAAGACACCCCGACUCUGAAGCCCAGACGGAUCCAGAAUCAGAACGUGGUUCACCGCCUCGAGAGGCGACGGAUCUGUUCGGGCCGACCCGGAGCGCACUGGUACAGAGUACGCUGCUUCCACCAGAACCUUUUCCCCAACUUCACCGUGGUCAACGUGGAGAAGCCGCCCUGCUUUCUGAGGAAGUUCUCCCCAGAUGGACGCUGCUUCAUCGCCUUCUCCUCUGACCAGACGUCUCUGGAGAUUUAUGAAUAUCAAGGCUGCCAGGCGGCUCAGGACCUGCUCAGAGGUCAAGAGGGGGAGACUCUUCUAACCGCCAACGACCAGCGUUCCCUCAACAUCAGAGGCCGGCUGUUUGAGCGUUUCUUCUCGUUGCUCCACGUCACCAACGUGGCCUCCAACGGAGAACACCUCAACCGGGAAUGCAGCCUCUUCACGGACGACUGCCGCUACGUCAUUGUCGGGUCGGCUGUGUACGUCCCCGAGGAGCCGCCGCCGUACUUCUUUGAGGUGUAUCGCAACAACGAAUCUGUGACUCCCAACCCCAGGUCUCCGCUCGAGGACUACUCCCUCCACAUCAUCGACCUCCACACCGGCAGGCUGUGUGACACCAGGUCCUUCAAGUGUGACAAGAUCAUCCUGUCGCACAACCAGGGUCUCUACCUCUACAGGAACAUCUUGGCGGUGCUGUCGGUGCAGCAGCAGACCAUUCACGUGUUUCAGGUCACUCCAGAGGGAACGUUCCUCGACGUGAGGACCAUCGGGCGGUUCUGUUACGAAGACGACCUCCUGACUCUUUCAGCGGUUUACACGGAGGCUCAGGCCGAGAGUCAGCCGGGCUUCCCUCGCCUGUACACUGACAAAACCAUCAACUCCCUCAAACACAGGCUGCUGGUCUACCUCUGGAGGAGGGCCGAGCAGGACGGCAGCGCCACCGCCAAGAGGAGGUUCUUCCAGUUUUUUGAUCAGCUGAGGAGGUUGAGGAUGUGGAAGAUGCAGCUGCUGGACGAGCAUCACCUCUUCAUUAAAUACACCAGCGAAGACGUCGUCACGCUCCGAGUCACCGACCCCUCGCAGCCGUCAUUCUUCGUCGUCUACAACAUGGUGUCCACCGAGGUGCUCGCCGUCUUCGAGAACACCUCCGACCAGCUGCUGGAGCUCUUUGAGAAUUUCUGCGACCUUUUCCGAAACGCCACGCUGCACAGCCAGGCGGUCCAGUUCCCGUGCUCGGCGUCCUCCAACAACUACGCUCGACAGGUCCAGAGAAGAUUCAAAGACACCAUCGUGAACGCCAAAUACGGAGGGCACACGGAGGCGGUGCGGCGGCUGCUGGGUCAGCUGCCCAUCAGCGCCCAGUCGUACAGCAGCAGCCCGUACCUCGACCUCUCUCUCUUCAGCUACGACGACAAGUGGGUGUCGGUGAUGGAGAGACCCAAGACCUGCGGAGACCACCCCAUCAGGUUUUACGCUCGGGACUCCGGCCUGCUGAAGUUUAAGAUCCAGGCCGGCCUGCUGGGGCGGCCCGUGAACCACGCCGUGCGACGCCUGGUCGCCUUCACUUUCCACCCCUUCGAACCAUUCGCCAUCUCCGUCCAGCGCACCAACGCCGAGUACGUGGUCAACUUCCACAUGAGGCACGUCUGCGCGUGAGCGGCAACUGAACUCACGGCCAGGAGUCAGAUUGCCCGAUCGGUCGGCGGUUAGCGGUGACAAUACAACAAACGCGUCCUCCAUCAGGAGGCACGAAGCAGUUUGUUCUCCUCCUCCAGAGAAAUCAGCAGUGCACUCCUCUUCAUUCUCCUCCUGAUGGAAACCACUGUUCCUCCUCCAUCACACAGUGGUCACUCCACCCCGUCCCUCCGCGAGAAAGGCAGCAAUUCUGCCUCUUUUUUUUUCUUCCUAUUCGUCUGCGCCGCUUCGCCUCCUCUUUCCUCCCCCCUCCACCUUCCCUCCACAGAACAAAGAGGGGGACCCGUGGGGGAGGAGAGGCUGGGAGAAGUGUAAAUGGAGAUGUAGAGAGAGUGAUUGAUGUGCGACGGAGGUGGGAGCCGCAGGUAGCCGGACCUCAGAGGUGUUUUCUUUUUCCCGCCGCGCGCUGAAAGCUGCACAUCAGAAUCGCUCAUGCAGACGGUCCGACAAACUUCGUGUUUCCUCACAUGAAGAGGGAAAGAAUGAUUUUAUAUUCCGUCGUUUUUACAUAUUAUUGUUUGUUUUUUUACGUAUUACCACUUGUAUAUAUUUUAUGCCAAUAAAAGUGUCUAAAUUUUA